AUGGUGAGAAUUGUUUUGAAGUCAGAAUUCACAGGUCAUCACAAUUCAAAUACUCAUAUCACAAUUCGGAAAAUGCAGCAAACACAGAAAAUAUUCAUCCAAAGAAACGACAUGAAGAGUUUGUUGAAAUAUGAAUCAGAGAAGAAGGAAUUUUCUCGUAUUUUUACUCAGACAAAUAUUUGUCGAGAACGAGAUGGUAAAGCUUGA